AUGUCAUCAGUGCAGGAAGAGCACUCGGAUCAAGCAGCCCACACCGACGAACAGCAGCUAGAAGAGAUUGAUGAGGCUGCUUUAGGUGACAAGGAUGAUCAAGUGGAAACCAAGCAGGAGAGCGAGUUGUGGAUUCAGCAAGAAGGAAAGGAAGAGACACGGGAGGAAACAAGUGAGAAUAAUAUCGAAGCGUGUUCUGUGGAGCAAGAGGAAGCAGCCGUUGAAGUGAACGGAGAGAUCUCACCCUGGGGUGACAACGAGACCAAUCAAGUGGACGAGGUAGACACAGAAGACGACGAUGCAGAUGCAUGGGAAUGGCAGCUUCGAGUAGUGCAACGUGUGAGCGAGAGUAUGCUUGAUCUCACCCUGUUCACGUCUGGCGGAUUUGACUUUGUUGUAAUGCUCAACGUGCAGCAAAAUGCGUUGAGAGACUUGAGACCCAUCGAGGGAAUGGCGAGGACUUUGCGGGUGCUAAACGCGUCACAAAACGACAUUGCCACGUUACCUAGCAUCGAUUUCUGGUCACAGUUCCGAUGCCUGAGCAUGUGCUUUCUCUCUCAAAACGCUUUAAGGACGUGGGCAGAUGUACAAGGGCUUGAAGGUUGUUCGAGAUCCCUACUUUGGCUAAAUUUGACGAACAAUCCCCUCAUGGCGUUGAAGAAUGCGCGCAGUUUUAUCGUGAACAAGCUCCCCUUCCUCAAGGCUCUCGACAACUUUGUGACUACAGACCAAGAGGUUGUUCAGCACGCUCGUCCAAGCGCUCGCUUCAAUGCACUGUCUCCACGACUAAGUAUCGCGCACCUCCUUAUGCCUCUCGAAUUUGAGACGGAUGACGCCGCUCUACUUUACGUGGGAGAAACAGAGACCGCAGUAGCGACUAUACACGCUGACAACAGCCCAAGCGUUCGCGCGCAGAAACUUAUCAGGGGAUACCUGUCGCGACGUGCCAACUUCCCGCGCUUCCGUAAUGUUCGUGAGCUCAUCAUUCACGUCCAGAAACACAUUCGGGGGUUUCUUCUGCGUCAACUGAUCAAGCGCCAGAUCUGCGAGCUCGUGGUCGCAAACGGAGAAUCGAAGCUGCUGAUGGCCUCCGUCGCCGCCGGUCAUGGACUUUUGUCGCCUCUUGCGCGACGAUCGUUUGAGAAAAUGUUACCGAUGAUUCGUCGAUGGCGAACGCAUUUCCAAGCCAAGAAACGAGCUGUGGCCAUCAAGAAGAUCCGCUUCUGGUGUCAAAUGGUGCACCAACGUCAUGCACGCCGCACCCGACAACUCUUACGUGACCAGCAAGAAAUCUGGAUAUACUACACGCCAGAAUUCGAGCAGGAGCUGCUCACUCUGGCUACGCGUGUGGCUCGUCGUGAUCCUUAUCUCAUGAAGUUAUCUCGUGAAGAUCGCCUCGAACUGCUUCGAGAGCGUUGUGCCCAGUCUGGGAUGAGUGUUCUCCGUGGACCAAACCCGAACUCGAACGUUGUGCGUCUAGCUUCGAUCGCAAACACCAGGUCACCCACUCCAGAACGGCCACAUCGACUACAACGGGAGGAGGAUGAGGGCUAUAAGCUGCUUCGCAUGGGUCGAGAUGCCCAAUCUACACUUGAUGCAUCUUCUCAACACCCAAUGCGGCGUUCGACUGCUCCAGGCUGGCCUGCACUCAUCCGUGGCUUUCCUAGUGACAACGCUGUAGAAAACCAGUUGCUCGUCGCUGAAAAACGUUUUUUGCAGCAAGAUCUCGAGCAUAUCGCCGCUAUCCAGAGUCAGCAUCGACAAGAUCUUGCCAACAGCGAAGUUAGCGGCGCUAAACUUCCAUCGAGGAUGGAAAUGGUGGCCAAGCGUCAAUCUCGAGCAGUGCUGCUGCAUUUAAACCAAGUGACGCGUGAAAUUCGACAGCGGUUGGUGAUUUGCAACCGGAAAAUUCUCAACGCUUGUGUGAAACAGAGGCAGCGCCGCCAGCAGCACAAUAGUGAGACGCAUUUCUCUCUUACCAAGGCAAAACUUCGUGCACGAGGACACGCACCCACCCGGUGGGAGCGGAAACGGCUAGUGACUUCAUCACCCGAAUACUUGAACGGCUAUCGAAAGAUGAAGGUGUUCAUUCCGUGGACGAUUGACAUGUACCUGCACAUCGUGUCGAGUCUUGAUCGCGCGGUUUCCAUGUGUUCUGUGGGCCCAGCGAAGGCUUUUGCAAUGCCGUACGAGCAAGCAAAGCGUGCGGACGCAGCGUUGUUGAUCCAGUCAGCAUGGCGAGCGUCGAUGUGCCAUUCACGUCGGAAUGCUCUCGAGGUUACGAUUGCACGUGCACUGUUAUGUAUUCAGCGGUGGUGGAGAUUUCGUAUUGGACUGCGUCGUCGACUGGAUGUGCUGCGUGCGUGUCUUCUGGUUGGAGCAAGUAUUAAUUCUCGCACUCUGUACAUGGAAGCCAGCGUGUAUCGCACACUUGUGGAGUUCUGGCCUGCAGUGCGGACCGUUGUGGCGCGGCAUCGAUGCCAUGAGCAUCGUCUUCACUGUCGAAUUGUCUCGGGGACACGGGUAGAGCUUACUUUGACGCCAGGACAGCUACUGCUGUACACCGCCAGUCGUGAAGAGCGCUCGAUUCUGCUUCCUCAGCCCCAGUAUCAUCAAGUCUCUUCCGUUCCAUCAGCUCAUUUAAGCUCAUCAAAGAUUGAACUCUGGUCGAGCCAACGUUGCAGCGCUUAUCUGCCUGUGUGGAUGCCUGGUACACCAGAUCCCGAGCAGGAGAGCAUGAGUUCGCGGUCUGAAGAUGCUGCGGCAUUACUACUGGUCGAUGGAGUGCAGAUCGAGCCAACACUCAUGGAGCGUGAGCUGAUGCUCGGCGUCACACAGCCACCAAUUGCUGAAAUGUUCGCACAGAUGAAUCCGUUCCGCGAGUUCCCAACAUGCCAGCGCGUUGUCGCCUCAGCCACUCGAGUUAUGGACAUCGCUCGACGACUUUCAGCGAACAGAACGGCAAGAAAUUGGCAGCUGGACCCGUCACAACUAGGGAUCGACACGUCGUUUGUGCGUCUCACGUUUGAAUCCAUUGACGAAGCAAGGAAACGCGCUCUACUGCUGCUAUGCAAGACAUUCGACCCGAUCACGAAGACGUACGCACGGAUGUACACGUUGGAGGCGCUGUAUGGAGCUGCAUUUCGCCAUCACCAGUGGGCCAUAAGCCAGGGUGCUACUAGAGAAGAAGUCGAGACUGUGCUGAGUGACUCCCUCAUGUGGAUGCAAGAUGAGUUUCCUUCUCGAUGGUGGAUUCAUACGCAGCGAAAGCUCGAGGCGCUCCACACCACGGUCAAAAUUCAUGGUGCCUCUCCUCCCGUCUCGAAGACAGUGAAGCCAUCGCCUGACUUCCACGUGCAGCAGAUACCGCCGAGAGAGCCUGAGACUCGGGAACCUGUGCGACCGUCGGAACGCGAGCCUCGUGGACCUCCUCGCGUGUUCCCACGACCUCGUCAACCAGACAGUGACGCUCUCGUGCCAUUACACGUGGUAGAUUCUACACUUCCUGAAGAUGCUGAGAGACAUCCAAGCGACUGGAUCAAACUUCUCGUCCCCACUCAACCUCAAACUCCAACACCUUCGGCUUCGCCGUCGAUCCCUCUGGGAAGCAGUCGCCACCAAAUGCUAGUGAAUCGUCUUGGGAAACCCAGCUAUAUCACCGUAGAGGAUAAACAGGACCAAGAACAGCUUGCUCGCGAGCAUUAUGUCCGCGACCUACGUGAAGAAGGUGAAAGGGCUACCGAGGCACUCAUAGUGGAUCGCCGAAUGCUCCAGCGCGAGAAAGCUACCGAAGUGGCCUACAUUAAGUUGGACGUCGACGUCAACCUACAACGAAUGCGCUUUGAGCGCGAACUCGAGCAAAUACACGCUCGAGAGGCUCUAGAGCACCAACGAUACGCCACACGACGUCACAAACAGACGCGAAAGUUCGAAACCUGCUUCGUGGCGCAGUCCGGAGCACUCAUGAGACGCGCUGCUCGAGCGGCUGUUGCAAGCAGCCUGAAAGCAGAAGAACAAGAGCAGCAACGUCUUGCCGCCGCUGUGAAAAUCCGCGAUGCCGAAGCGCUCGUGCGUCGUCGAGAUUCAAAGAGCUUCUGGUUCGUGCGGAAUCGCCACGAGAAGCGAGAGAUGGAGGCGUUACGACUGCUUCGAUCGGCUGAAGCUGACAAGGUAGAGCGUACACGACUGGCUGGACGACGACAGCGGAUGAAAGAAGACAAAGAGAUCAAGAAAUUGCUACACAUUAUGUAA